AUGUGCGGCAGCUUCCUGAGGCGGGUGGCCGCGGAGGAGAGCCGGCACCCCACCCCCGUGGGCCGCCUCCUGCUUCCCGCGCUCCUGGGGCUCCGCCUGGUGCUGCUGGCCGCCGGCGGGACGGGGGUCUUCGGCGGCGGCGAGGAGCAGAGCGAGUUCGUGUGUCACACCCAGCAGGCGGGCUGCAAGACCGUGUGCUACGACGCCUUCCACCCCCUCUCCCCGCUGCGCUUCUGGGCCUUCCAGGUCACGCUGGUGGCUGUGCCCAGCGCCCUCUACGUGGGUUUCAUUCUGUAUCACGUCAUCUGGCACUGGGAGGCGUCGGAAAAGGGGAAGACGGGAGAGGAGACGCUGAGCGGCCAAGCGGAGAAGGGCGGAGAGGCCGCGGGCGCUGGCAGCUCCAGGCUGCUCUGGGCCUACGUGGCACAGCUGGGGGUGCGGCUGGCCCUUGAGGGGGCAGCCUUGGGGGGGCAGUACCACCUGUUCGGGUUCACGAUGCCCACCUCCUUUGUCUGUCGUCUAGAGCCCUGCCUUGGCAGUACCAACUGUUACCUCUCCCGCCCCUCUGAGAAGACCAUCUUCCUGAAGACCAUGUUUGGGGUCACGGGGCUCUGUCUCUUGUUCACGCUUUUGGAGCUUGUCCUCCUGGGCCUGGGGAGAUGGUGGAGGAUCUGGAGGCACAAAUCCCCGUCUUCUAAUUACUCCCCGACUUCAGAGAGUGUCAAAAGACGCAAGGCACCAACGGAUAACUUCCCAGUGGUGGAAAUAGAACGGCCUGGAGAAGCAGGUGAGAGGGGCUCUGAGGUCCCUCCUUCUGCCUGCCCCUGA